AUGGAGGCCCUGCGGUUCCGGCCGGGGUCCGUGGCGCUGCGGGGCCUGGACCCCAAGGGCCCCGGGCAGCUGGGACCCCUCCUCGACAAACAGGUCUGGACCCAGCAAGACCGCCAAUGCCUCCUGAACACCUUAGCACACUUGCUUCUGGAUAAAGAAUGCACCAUCCCGGUCAGCCGUCAACUACGCCCCCUCCUCUUGGAUUUGCUGGAAAGAAAUGCCGAGACCAUUAAAGCCGGGGGUCUGCUCAACCACGAUCUGCAUGAAAGGCUCUGUGUGGCCAUGAGCAAACUUAUCAAUAACCACCCUGAUGUCCUUCCGUUCGCGCUGAAGUAUUUUCAGGACACCGCCCCGGUGUUCCAGCGGCUGUUCCUGGAGAGCUCGAACUCGAACCCAGUGCGCUACGGGCUCCGCCGGAUGAAGUUGCGGGACCUGAUGGAGGCGGCCUUCCGGUUCCUGCGGCAGGAGCCCAAGGCCUUCCGGAAGCGGUGGGACUGGAGCGUGUGCGUCCCGCUGCUCAGGAGCCACGACACCUUGGUCCGAUGGUACACCGCCAAUUGCCUUGCCUUAGUUACCUGUAUGAACGACGAGCACAAGUCGGCCUUCCUCAAGAAGAUCUUCAGUGAAGAGGAGUUGAUCCACUUCCGACUGAAGUUAAUGGAAGAAGCCCAGCUGCAGGAUGUGGAGAAGGCCUUGGUUUUGGCUAAUCCGGACCCCGCCCUGUGGGUCAGGGAGCAGGAACUACAGUACACCCAGGGAACCAUCGUGUCCGGAGACCUGUCGGCCAACGUGACGGCGGUGUGUGGGGUGCUGCUGCCACGGCAGCAGCCGGCCUCCCAAGAGCAAGAUGCCGACCUUGGGUCUUUCGUGCUGGUGGAAUCCAUCUGCCAAAACCUCCAGAGCCUCGCCACGGCCGUGGCUUCCAGGAAGGCGGUGUUGCUGCAAGGACCCGUCGGCUCCGGAAAGACCACCUUGGUCGAGUACUUGGCCGCCGUGACGGGGAGGAGGAGCCCCCCGCGGCUUCUGAAAGUCCAGCUCGGAGACCAGACGGACAGUAAGAUGCUGCUGGGGAUGUAUCGCUGCACCGACGUUCCGGGGGAGUUUGUGUGGCAGCCGGGAACGCUGACUCAGGCUGUCACCAAAGGCCACUGGAUACUUCUGGAGGACAUUGACUACGCCCCUCUAGACGUGAUCUCAGUGCUGAUCCCUCUUUUGGAAAACGGAGAACUCUUGAUUCCCGGCCGUGGGGACUGCCUCCGGGUGGCUCCUGGAUUCCAGUUCUUUGCAACCAGGAGACUCGUCGGCUGUGGAGGCAGUUGGUUCCAUCAGCAGAACAGCCAUGCGACUCUGCUAGACAAAUACUGGACCAAAAUUCAGCUGGACAACAUGGAGAAGGCAGAACUGAAAGAGGUCCUUCAGAGUAGAUACCCCGGCCUCGCAACCGCCACUGACCGUCUGCUGGACAUAUACAUCCAACUUACCGGAGACAAACACCAGGCCCGGAGAGACGCCUGCCGGGGCAGCGAGCCAGGGGCCGGCGAGGGCUCAGAAACUGGAAGGGAGUCCCAAAAGCCAAGCCUCGAGGGGAGAGAAUUGUCUCUGAGGGAUUUAUUGAAUUGGUGCAACAGGAUUGCUUACAGCUUCGAUGGCUCUUCUUCGUCCACACCACUGAACGUUUUUCAGGAGGCUUUGGACUGUUUCACAGCAAUGCUGUCCAAGCAAGGAAGUCGGCUGAAGAUGGCUGAAGUGAUUGGAAGCCAGCUAAAUAUCUCCAAGAAACAGGCCGAGUUCUUCUGUCAACUUUAUAAACCCGAGAUCGUGAUUGGGGAGCUGGAAGUGCAAAUCGGCAGGGUGCAGCUACUCCGGAAGCAAAGCCAGGUUGUCCUCUUACAAAGAGAGAAACACCCUUUCGCCCCGACCCGGCCGUCGUCCGUUCUGAUCGAGCAGCUGGCCGUGUGCGUCAGCAAAGGGGAGCCGGUUCUGCUGGUGGGCGAGACCGGCAGGGGCAAGACCUCCACCGUCCAGUACCUGGCUCAUGUAACAGGUCACCGCUUGAGGGUUGUCAAUAUGAACCAACAGAGCGACACCGCAGACCUGCUGGGAGGGUAUAAACCUGUGGAUCAUAAACUGAUCUGGCUGCCUUUGAGAGAGGGCUUUGAGGAACUGUUCACCCAGACGUUUUCCAAGAAGCAGAAUCUAACCUUCUUGGGGCACAUUCAGACCUGCUACAGGCAGAGACGCUGGCACGAUCUGCUCAAACUAAUGCAACACGUGCACAAAUCUGCUAUCAACAAGGAGGCAAAGGAGAAGGAAACUGGGUCACUUCUGAAAGAGAAGUGGGAAGCAUUUGGUCUCCGACUAUCCCAUGCCCAUCAGCAGAUGAAAAUGACGGAAAAUGCCCUGCUUUUUGCAUUUGUGGAGGGCACCUUGGCUCAGGCGGUGAAGAAAGGAGAGUGGAUCCUGCUGGAUGAGAUCAACUUAGCCACGGCGGAGACGUUGGAAUGCCUGAGCGGGUUAUUGGAAGGGUGCUCUGGAUCCCUGGUGUUGCUGGACAGAGGAGACACAGAGCCACUGGUACGACAUCCCGACUUCCGUCUGUUCGCCUGCAUGAAUCCAGCUACCGACGUCGGCAAGAGAAAUCUCCCUCCGGGAAUCAGAAACAGAUUCACAGAACUUUACGUUCAAGAAUUGGAGAGCGAAGCCGACUUACAGAUUCUUAUUGUGGAUUAUCUGAAAGGAUUGAAUGUGAACAAAAACACAGUGCAAGGAAUCAUAAACUUCUACAAAGCCGUGCGGAAGCAGGCGGAAACCAAGCUGGUGGACGGAAUGGGCCACAGGCCUCACUACAGCCUUCGCACUCUCUGCCGAGCGCUGCGGUUCGCAGCCUCCAACCCCUGCAACGGCAUCCAGCGCUCGCUCUAUGAGGGCUUUUGCCUGGGAUUCCUAACACAGCUGGAUCGGGUGUCUCACCCAGUGGUUCAGAAUCUCAUUUGCCAGCACGUCAUCUCUGGAAACAUCAAAAGCCUCUUAAAGCAGGCCUUACCGGAACCGAAAGGCGGACGGUUUGUCAAGAUCGAAGGAUACUGGAUUCCGGUGGGGGACCAGGAACCUGCCAUAGAUGAGACGUACAUCCUGACAGCCUCCGUCAAACUUAACCUGCGAGAUAUCGUCAGAGUGGUGUCUGCAGGGACCUACCCAGUGCUGAUUCAGGGAGAGACGUCGGUCGGAAAAACCAGCUUGAUUCGCUGGCUGGCAUCUGCCAGUGGGAACCACUGCGUCCGCAUCAACAACCACGAGCACACGGACAUCCAGGAAUACAUUGGCUGCUACACCUCAGAUGCUGCUGGGAAGCUAGUCUUUAAGGAAGGUGUCCUCAUUGAUGCCAUGAGAAAGGGCUACUGGAUUAUCCUGGAUGAAUUGAAUUUGGCUCCCACAGAUGUACUCGAAGCACUGAAUAGACUACUGGAUGAUAACCGGGAGCUAUUCAUAGCAGAGACGCAGGAAGUGGUCAAAGCACACCCUCGUUUCAUGCUGUUUGCUACGCAGAAUCCCCCAGGGCUCUACGGGGGCAGAAAGGUGCUCUCGCGAGCCUUCAGAAACCGAUUCGUGGAGCUGCAUUUCGAUGAGCUGCCCAGCCCGGAGCUGGAAACGAUCCUGCAUAAGCGUUGCAGCCUGCCUCCGUCCUACUGUAGCAAAUUAGUCAAAGUCAUGCUGGAUCUGCAGUCCUAUCGCAGAAGUUCUUCCGUGUUUGCUGGUAAGCAGGGCUUCAUUACCCUGAGGGAUCUGUUUCGCUGGGCCGAGAGGUACAGGUUAGCAGAGCAGAUGGAGAAGGAGUAUGACUGGCUCCAGCAUCUAGCAAACGAUGGUUUUAUGCUGCUGGUGGGUAGAGUCCGGAAGGAGGAAGAGGCGGAUGUGAUUCAGGGGAUCCUCGAAAAGCAUUUCAAGAAAAAAUUGUGCCCUCAGUCCCUCUUCUCAGAGGAGAGCGUCAGAAAGCUCUUGGGCAAACUGUCCGCUCAGACCUCCCUCAUGGAAACCAAGUUCAGCAACAUCGUCUGGACCGAGGGGAUGCGGAGACUGGCAGUUCUGGUGGGGCGAGCCUUGGAGUUUGGCGAGCCCGUGCUGCUGGUGGGAGAUACCGGGUGUGGGAAAACCACCAUCUGCCAGGUUUUUGCAGCCCUGGCAAAUCAGAAGUUAUACUCCGUCAACUGCCACUUACACAUGGAGACUUCGGACUUCCUGGGAGGGCUGCGGCCCGUCAGACAAAGGUCCAGUGUCAAGGAGGACUCAGACAAUUCCCGACUGUUCGAGUGGCAUGACGGGCCCCUGGUUCUGGCCAUGCGGGAGGAUGGCUUUUUUCUCCUGGAUGAAAUUUCACUCGCUGAUGACUCCGUCUUGGAAAGACUCAACAGCGUUCUUGAAGUGGAAAAGACCCUGGUGUUGGCUGAAAAGGGCAGCCAAGAGGAAGAGGAUAACGAAGUAGAACUGCUGACUGCUGGGAAAAAGUUCCGUAUCUUAGCAACCAUGAACCCCGGCGGGGACUUUGGCAAAAAAGAGCUUUCUCCUGCUUUGCGAAAUAGAUUUACGGAGAUCUGGUGCCCCCAAAGCAAGAGCCGCAGAGAUUUAAUUCAGAUCGUCAAACGCAAUAUUCGUCCAGGGCUUUCUCUGGGGAGGAAAGACCACCAAGGGACCGAUAUAGCGGAACUCAUGAUGGACUUCAUCGACUGGCUGACCCACCAGGAGUUCGGCCGGAGGUGCGUCAUCAGCAUCCGAGAUGUCCUGUCCUGGGUGAACUUCAUGAAUACCAUGGAGGAGGACGGCGCUGCCGACGAGAACGAGAUGGAGCCCGAGGACCUGGAGUAUAGCCUGUUUUACAUCUCUCCCGUGACCUCUUUCAUCCACGCCGCGUGUCUGGUGUACGUGGAUGGAAUAGGGUCAGGUGCGGCUUCUUGUGGACUGGAGACUGCCCUCUUGGCUCGCAAAGAGUGUCUGAAGUUUCUGACCAAGAAACUUUCCAAGAUCGUCCCUCUUACAGAGUACCAGAAGGACCAGCUGAGGAUCUACGACCGGUCGAAGCAUAAGGAAUUCGUUUCAAUGGAAACCUUUUGGGGGAUCCGGCCAUUUUUCAUCCCGAGAGGCCCCGCAUCGCAAAGGAACAGCCUCUCUGAUUACGCGCUCAACGCAGGGACGACGGCCACGAACGCUCAGAGACUCUUAAGAGCCUCAAAGUUGAACAAACCGAUUCUCCUGGAGGGUUCUCCAGGGGUGGGCAAGACCAGUCUGGUCGCCGCCAUGGCGCGGGCUUCUGGAAACCGUCUGGUCCGAAUCAACCUGUCUGAGCAGACGGACAUCACUGACUUAUUUGGGGCUGAUUUACCAGUCGAAGGAGGCAAAGGGGGUGAAUUUGCAUGGCGCGAUGGCCCCUUGUUGGCCGCCCUGAAGGCAGGGCACUGGAUUGUGUUGGAUGAGCUAAACCUGGCCUCCCAGUCCGUGCUUGAAGGGCUGAAUGCCUGUUUUGACCACCGAGCGGAAAUUUACAUCCCCGAGCUGGGGAUGACCUUCCAAGUGCAGCACGAGAAGACCAAGAUAUUUGGAUGCCAGAACCCUUACAAACAAGGAGGCGGGAGGAAGGGUCUGCCCAGGUCCUUCCUGAACCGCUUCACCCAGGUCUAUGUGGAUCCCCUCUCUGGCCCCGACAUGGAGUUCAUCGCCAAUACUUUGUUUCCUGCUAUCGGGAGAAGCAUCGUGGCAAAAAUGGUGGCUUUCAACAGCAGGAUUGAGCAAGAAGUGACAAUUGAAAGGAAGUGGGGGCAGAAAGGAGGGCCCUGGGAGUUCAACCUUCGGGACCUUUUUCGCUGGUGUCAGCUGAUCCUGGUGGACCAGAUCCCAGGAUGCUAUAAUCCCGGUCAGCACGUGGGUUUGGUCUACGGCGAGAGAAUGAGAACAGCAGAAGACAGAAAGAAGGUCUUGUCCGUAUUCCAGGAGGUCUUCGACUCCACUUCUCCAGCAUACACGAGCUCCCGGCUUUUUCACAUCACUCCAUACAGCGUUCAGGUUGGCCACUCGGUUCUUUCUCGGAGCAACCACGUUCCUCCUUUGUCCCAGCGACCCCUGUGUCUCCUCCACCAGUCCCUGCAACCCCUCGAGUCCGUCAUGAAGUGCCUGCAGAUGGACUGGAUGGUCAUCCUGGUGGGCCCCGCGUCCGUUGGAAAGACCAGCCUUGUCCAGCUCCUGGCCCACCUGACGGGCAGGACGCUAAAGAUCAUGGCCAUGAACAGCGCCAUGGACACGACCGAACUCCUAGGAGGAUUUGAGCAGGUUGACAUCAUCCGCCCUUGGCAGAAGCUGUUAGAGAAGACGGAGUUGACCGUGAACACGCUGCUCCGGGACAGCUUCCUCACGAAUGACACGUACUCGGACGACGCUGAGAUCGUGCUGCGGGCGUGGAGUAACUUUGUGCUGGCGCAAAAGCCCAAGUCUCGGGGAGAAGCCGGCAAAGGCGUGACAAUUGAGCUGGUGAAUAAGCUCGAGGGGCUGUUACUGCUUAUUCAGCGCCUCAACAACAAAAUCAACUCCUACACCAAGGCAGAAUUUUCCAGGCUCGUGGAAGACUUUCGGAGUUUCAAGGGACAGUUUCUCCAGUCUGCUGAUGGUGGCAACCAGGGCACAUUCGAGUGGGUGGACAGCAUGUUGGUACAGGCCCUGCGGUCUGGGGAUUGGCUCCUAAUGGACAACGCCAAUUUCUGCAACCCCUCAGUGCUGGAUCGCCUGAAUGCUUUGCUGGAGCCUGGAGGCGUGCUCACUCUGAGCGAGAGAGGAAUGUUGGACGGCUCCACCCCCAGGAUCACUCCCCAUCCCAACUUCAGGCUUUUCCUCGCGAUGGACCCUUCCCACGGAGAAAUCUCCAGAGCCAUGAGGAACCGAGGAGUUGAGAUUUACAUCCCAGAGGAGGGGGUCGGGAGUCUGCCGGACCCCUUGGAUUGGAAGGUCCUGCUCCACAGCCUCGGCGUGGUUGGAGACAGCGUGUGCGACACCCUCAUGGCCGUCCACACCGAAACCAAAGAAGCCGUCGCAGGUUCUCCAACAUCGUCCCUGUCCACGUUUAUUCAGGCUGCCACCCUCCUCUCUCAGCGGCUACAGAGAGGACUCAGUUUAGCCAAGGCAUUUUCUGGAGCCUGCUGGGAAGUGUAUGUCCGCCCCCAGCACUCUCCUGCUCACCAACAGCGUGUGCAGGAGUUGCUGAUGAAACACAUUUCAGCUCUGUCUUCACCUGAAAACUGGGGUCAGUCCCUGCUUGCCAUGGGGCUGUGGCCAGACUCUGUGCCUUCGGUCCUCUUUACCACAGAGGACUCUCUCCUCUCCACGGUCCGGAGCCACGGACAGGUCCUGGCGUUCUGCCUGAAUCGGCUGAGCCUGAGGAACAGCAGGUGGGCAAGGAUUCUGCCUCUUACCCUACAAGACCUGGAAAAAAUAAUGCAGUCCCCAAACUCCGAGAGUCUGAACUUCAGUUCGGUUGAGAUGAACACUUCCUGGAUUGAUGACAGUGAGGUCCUCACUGCUUCCAUCAAACUGCUCAUAGAGAGAGCAACCAAUCAAGACUGGAUGCUGAGAGUUCGGUGGCUUAAACAUUUAGCCAAGAACAUACCCCAGGGACUCGAGUCGGUGCAGAUUCAGUUGGAAACCAGUGCAGAAUCUCUGAGCGAGUUUUAUGCAUCUCCCAUCUCUGCCCGGAUCUGUAAUCUCAUUAAGCUGUUACAGCCAAAUGUGACAGACGAACACGUGAUUGCACUGGAUCCACGGUGGAACAUUCAGGCUUUGGACAUUUUUAGGAACUCUUUGGAUUUUGACACGGAAGUGGAUCACACAGAUCAGCUCCUCCUCCAUUUGAAGGCAGCGGCAAACAGGAGUGUGUUAUUUCUGGACCGGGAAAAAAGAAUCAGAACAGAGACCAAGUUGAUUUCGGGUGGAGGCAAGAAGUCGCAGACUAGUGCCCUGAGGAUGGCCCUGACAUUCCAUAGAGAUCAAGAGAAUUACCACAGCAUGCCCCACCCGAUGGCAGUUCACCUGGCUCCUUUCUUUGAACUCUGUGAUGCUCUGCUGGUCCUGUGGAUGCAGGCCACCCAGCUGGCCGUGGAGGAUGCCACCGUGUUGGAGAUCCUGGGUUCCCUGCGGUGGCGGGACCGGUUCUGGGUGGCCUCAGACACGGUGACGCUGGACCCCCCGGGUUUGGCCCUCCUGGCCGUCCACUGGCGCUGGGUCUGGAAGCAUCUGGUCAACAGGAUUCCCCAGCUGCUGGUGGACCACGAAGACAAAUUUUACAAGGAGGUCCUGACUGUCUCAGACCACAUCCAGAGCUGCCUGGGCUCCCCAACUGGAGCCUUCUCCGGUGUGAAGACGCUGCAGAAGUCCCUUGGGAAGCCGCUUCCGUUCAAGAACGAAGCAGUGGUGGAGUGUCUGGCCCAGCUGAAACACAUCAGCAAUGCUCUCGGCAUCCUGGACCGGCCCCCUGCCUUCGGGGAGAGCGACCGGCUAGAGGAGAUCCGUCGUCUGACCGUGGCGGCCACUGGGCUGGAGGUGAAGAGAGGCCUGCUGCAGGCCUGGGGCCUGGUGCUCAGAGCCAAUCGCUUAGAAGACGUUGACCCGGAGGAACUGAAGGAUCUUGUGAGCACACAGAGCUCCCAGCUGAGAGCAGAGGGGAUUUCGUUUGGUCUCCCUGGAAAGAAGCACCCCGAAGAUUCUCCCGGGACUCAGCCCGACCCUACCUCCCUGAUCCGGCUUGCCCGGAGAGUGCAGCUGUGGCCGGCAACCGAGUACCUGGCCGUUCUGUGGCAAUACAAGGUGGCAGCCGACUGUGGGACGCAGGCUUCUUUGAGGUGGGGCGGGAGUGAUACACACCCGAACUUGGGCGAGGAACUGGACCAUCUUAUCACAUUCUGCCUUAAGCACACUCCGGUUGCUCCUGAGCAGCUCCACGGUCUGUGGUACCUACUGCAUCAGGAGAAGGUGACCCCCGAGGAAACGAAUGCUCUGUGGUCAGAGCUUCUCAGUUCGGCACUUGGGGCCUUCUGGAAUAGCACAGCGACCACCAGCCCAGACCACUGGCUUACAUGGACACCUCAGCCUGGAGGAGAGGAGAAAGAGAUGCCCAAAUCUCUAGCGGAUCCUUCUGUGAAGGGGCCAGGGAUGUUAAAUAGAGCGGUUCUCGCCAAGUGCUUCUUUGAAGUCUUGACCAGUAGCCACAGAGCGGUAUCCUGGGACGUCAGCGGGCUGCCCGCCCUCUCGUCCUCUCACGUCACCCUGGGCGAGUGGGCAGAGAGACUGCAGCAGCUUCAGGAAAUCAGCACCGUGCUCUGGGCCAACAUGGCCGUGCCAUCCAUGGCAGCGUUCAGGAGCACGGAUUCCCGGCUGCAGUCGCUCCUGCUGCAGCGUCACCUGAUGGGGCUGGUAGAGCUUGUCCCCGAGGCCCCGCGGGAGGAGUUCGUGCGGCACUGCCUCAAGCUGCCCCUACGGGACCCCCCGGCCUGCCAGCACCUGGGCCGGCUGCUGCGGGACGCGCUCGCCCAGGACACGCUGCCCGAGGAGCUGCCGCGCCUCCUGUCCACCUGCCUGCAGCAGUUGGCCGGGGAAGCGGAGAGCGGCCGGGAGCUGCCCGAGGCUGCCCAGCGCGGGAGCCUCUGGGUGAACCUGGGCCUGCUGCAGCUCCAGAUGUGGAUUCCCCAGACCCUGUUUGACCCGGCGGCGAAGAGGAAGUACAAACUCAAGUACGCCGAGGAAGAGUUACACCAGCUGCAGUGCGAGUGGAAAACCCGGAAUCUCUUGUCCCGGCUGCAGACGGGCAGAGACCUCGAGGACGAAGCGAUUAGCAGUAGCAGCCAUCCCCACAUCAGGUUACUGCACCAAAGAAUGCAACAGCUCAAAGACCAGAUCGGGCAGCUAUCCAAAAAGCAGGCCUUCAGACCCCCCGGGCCCGGGUUCGAAUCCUUGCUGCAGGAGGUGCUCCACUACUCCACGAGCAUCGCCCAGACGGCCAAGGUGCAGGGCCUGCUCCGCCGCCUCCUGCAGACCCUCCGGGGGUCCGGGCCCCGGCCGGCCCAGGCAGCCCAGAACCUGCUGAAGGAGGAGGCCUCCUGGCAGCGGUCCCAUCACCAGUUCAGGAAACACCUGGCGGAGGACUACGCCCCGUACCCGGACGUGGUGAUGCCGCUGCUGGCUGCCGUCUUGCAGAUGCAGCACGGCAUGAGGCUGGUGGCCGCCGAAGCCCAAGCCACAGCCCACGGGGCGGCGGCCCGCCCGGCCCAGUUGAGCGCCCUGGUCCGCGCGCUGCUGGCCUUCCCGUCCACGGGCCCCGCGUUCCCCACCUACUACUCCCACGCGGACGCCCUGUGCUCCGGGGACUCGCUGGAGGUGCUGCGGGGCCUCAGGAAGCUGUCUCUGAAGUACGCCAAGAGCCAGGAGCCGCAAGCCGAGGACCGGUGGCCCUGCCCGACCCGAGAACAGCUGCUGCUCAACGCCCUGCUGUACCUCCGCUCCCACGUUCUGUGUAAAGGAGAAAUGGACCAGAAGGCCUUGAGGCUCUUUAGGCACAUCUGCCAGGAAAUCUUAAACGAGUGGGACGAACAGGAGUGUCAGGCCCAGGAGCAGGCGGAGCAGGAAAGCAGCUUGUACAGGUACAGGAGUAAAAGCCACGGGGCCGGACUGAGCGAGGAGGAGGCAGAAGAACGAGAAUUCCGAAAGCGAUUCCCGCUCCACGAGAAGGACUUUGCGGAUAUCACCGUCCAACCCACCCUAGAGGAGGAGAUGGAGACCGAGGACGCGUCAGAGGGCAGAGCAGAAAGCAGCUCGGCUGUCCUGUCCAAGAGCUCUGCGGAGGCGGUGAUGGAGGUCCAUCAGCAGCUGUGCCUCCACUUUGCCCGUUCCCUAUGGUACCAACGGGACCUGCCCACACAUGAGGCCAAGCAUUACCUCAGUUUGUUUCUGGGCUGUUAUCAGACCGGGGCUCCUCUGGUGACCCGCUUCUUCUCCCUGAUGGGUGCCGAUCUGAACGACUGCCUGCUGGGCAGCCAGCUCCUGGCCAGUACCGUCCUGUACAACACCCUCUUUGAGGAGGCGGCCUCCGACCUGGUCUUCCAGCUGGAUGGGCCGUAUGACUUCUACCAGCAUCCCAACGUGCCGGAGGUCCGGCAGUGCCAGCCCGUGUUGGAGAACUUCUCGGCGGAGGUGAACAGGCUCUUAGGUGACUGGCCCGAACACCCGGCCCUGGUGCAGCUCUUGGUCGUCAUGGGUAGGAUCCAGAGCUUCCCACUCUCCAGUCCUCUCUCCAAGUUCCUGAACGGAUUGGAGAUUCUGCUGGCAAAGUCUCAGGAUUGGGAGGAGAACGCAAGCCGAACCCUGUCCUUGCGGAAACACCUCGACUUGGUCACCCAGCUGAUCGUCCGGUGGAGAAAACUGGAACUGAAUUGCUGGUCCCUGAGUCUGGACACCACCAUGAAAAAACACACGGAAAAAUCCUCCAAGCAUUGGUUCUCUCUGUAUCAGAUGCUUGAGAAAUACAUGCAAGAGCAAACGGAAGAGAAGGAAGGUGACCGGGCGAUGACCCUGUCGGCGCUGGUCAGCACGUUGCAGGCCUUCGUUGAAGGAUCCUCCCUGGGGGAAUUCCCUACCCGGCUCCAGAUGUUGUUGGUGUUUCACUGCCAUGUCUUGUUGAUGCCGCAGGUGGAAGGGAAGGAUGGCCUCUGCAGUGUCCUGUGGAACUUGUACCAUUACUAUAAGCAGUUCCUGGAACCGGUCCAGGCCAGACUCGCGGGGCUUCGCCGUCCUUUGGAAAAGGAGUUGAAAGAAUUUGUCAAAAUCUCCAAGUGGAACGAUGUCAGCUUCUGGUCUAUCAAGCAGUCAGUGGAGAAGACCCACAGAACCCUCUUUAAAUUCAUGAAGAAAUUUGAGGUCGUCCUAGGCGAGCCCUGCCGGCCGUCCCUGAUGGAAAGUGACAAGGAGGGACAGCUGGACUGCUUGCAAAAGCCGGAAGGGCCCUUGGAGGAGGAGGAGGAGGCGGUGACGCGGCUGCAGAGCCUGAACCGCGUGCUGAGAGACACUCUGGGCUCUAAAGCGGGCCACCCUCAGGCGGCGCCCGUGGAAGCGGAUCCGGACAGUGCUGUCCCCUCGGAUGGGGAACUCCAAGCCCGUUUGCCCAAGCUCACGAAGCGGGCCAGGAAGAUCUGCCUGAAGCUCCUGAAGCGGAACCCGCUGCCCGGCCUGGUGGAGGACCUCGACCAGUUCACAGGUGCCGUCAUCUCCUCGGUGCAUGAGCUGCAGAAUUUGAAGGUGGAGCCGAGCGUGGAUAAAGACAAACAGAGGUCGGAGGUCAAGCACAUUCUGAUGCAGAAGCAACGGGCUUUGUCCGAGCUGUUCAAGUACCUCACGCAAACUGGCUUGUCGUAUCGCAAGGGUCUUGCCUGGGCUCGUGCCAACGAUUCCCGAGACAUGCUUCGCCUCCACCCGCUGGAUCUGCGCAGCGCCUUGACAGUUGCCAACUGCGGCCAAGCGUCGGAUGCCAGGCUGUUCGCGGAGAUCGCUUCGGCCUGGGAUGGCUGCCAGAAGUAUUUCUACCGCUGCCUCGCCCGCCACUCUAGACUUCAAGCGGCUCUGUCGGCCCCGGCCAAGGAAGUUGGCGUGGGCAGCGUCGAGAGAUGCAAGGGGUUCACCGGCCACCUCGUGAAGCUACUGAUCCGGCAGCGACGGGCCCUAACCCUCCUGGCAGAGCAGUGGAUCAUCCUCAGGAACCUCUGCAGCUGCGUGCGGGAGAUCCACUCGCGGCUGACAGCGGGCCAAGGAGGCUACCGGGUGGCCUUCCCUCCCCAAGACGGCGUCCAGCAGUGGACGGAAAAGCUGCAGCGCCUGGCCAUGCAGUGUGCCGUGCUGCUAGAACAGCUCUCCUGGUUCCUGCGGUGCUGCCCCGCGGGGCCGCCGCCGCCGCCUCCUCCCCGCACCCACGGCGUCGGGACUGGGGACCGGCCACCAGCUGAGCUCCGGGAGGAGGUCAGCGGGACGGAUCUGGGCCACCAGCUGUCCCCGGAACUAAGCUACCCCACCCCGGUGGCCCCGGACCGACUGCCCGACGGUUGCCGGAUGCAAAAGCAGGAUGCCCUGUGGCAAGAGUCGAUGGGAAAGGCCACCGAGAUGCUGAAGGACGUGAGAGCCGUGAAGGCCGAGGUGGACAAGAUCAGGCAGCAAUCUUGCGAGGCUCUUUUCUAUUCUUGGAGGGAUUUUGAAGUCUGCGCCAGCGGGUUGAGUUCCCUGUCCAAAGUUGCCACUCAGCUGCAGGGCCUGGAGGCCUUGUUCACCAUCCCGGGACCGGCGGCCGAACAGGCCGCCCCACAGAUGGCCCUAGUCAAGAGUCUGGAAUACCUCCGAGGAGAAAUCAACAGGACCGCCGCCGCCUUCUCCACCUGGGAAACGCACCUGCUCGGAGCCGCCCCCAGCCAACGCAGUAACCAAGAGCUGAGCGAAGGUUUUGUGGAGGAUUUCUCGGAGCAAGUGGAAGUAGCCAUCCGGACCAUCCUUUUUGCCAUUCAGAGUUUGGCAGAGAGAAGAAGCGAGGAGGCGGGCGGUGACCAGCCGCCCGCCUCAGGUCAAGAGGAAACUGCAGCUGGCACAGAUGAGAGGGUACAGAUGGGACUUCUAACCAAGCUCUUAGAAGAUGACCUCCACUCAGAUGUGAGCUCUUUGCACGUGCAGAGUAUAAUCUCAGCCAUUUCUGAGCUCCUGGAAAGACUAAAAUCGUACGGAGAAGACUGCACAACAGAUAGGGACAAGUUUUUCAACCAGGCUUGCUUCUCGCUGGGUCGCCUCUCCCCCAUGAUCUCCACCUAUUCAGACCUCGUCCUUUUUUACCUCACGGUGUCCUUGACAACUCACCGGGGCACUGGGAAGCUACUCUCCGUCCUGGCUCAGGUCUUCACAGAGUUAGCCCAGAAGGGCUUCUGCCUGCCGAAGGAGUUAAUGGAGGAUUCCGCCGGAGAUGGGGGAACGGAGUUCCACGAAUAUGAAGGAGGCGGAAUUGGGGAAGGCGAAGGCAUGAAGGACGUGAGCGACAAAAUUGAAAGUGAAGACCAGGUGGAGGACAGUUUUCAGAAGGGACAAGAGAAAGAACAAGACGACCCAGAUGCCAAGCCCGAUAUUAAAGGAGAAGAUAAUGCCAUCGAGAUGUCAGAAGACUUUGAAGGGAAGAUGCACGACGGGGAACUUGAAGAGCAAGAAGAGAGAUCAGACGGCGAAAACGAAGAGCUGGAGAAACAGAUGGGAGACCUCGACGGCGCGGAAGCAGACAAGUUGGACGAGAGGCUGUGGGGCGACGCGGACGGGGAGGACGACGAAGAGGAAGACGAUGAUGAGAGCAAAACCGAAGAGACAGGCCCAGGAAUGGAUGAGAGCGAUUCAGAACUCGUGGCCAAGGACGACAACUUGGAUGCCGGGAGUCAGAACAAGCCUAAAAACCAGCCGAGCCAGCAGGAAGAAGAAGACGAAGAAGCAGAUGACGACGGGCAAGGCGCAGAAAAGAUUCACGAACAAAUGGACGAGCGAGAAUACGACGAGAACGAGACGGACCCGUAUCACGGUCAACAAGAGAAACAGCCUGAGCCAGAGCCCCUGGAUCUGCCGGACGACCUGAACCUGGACCGCGGGGACAAGGAGGAGGGCGAGGGCGACGAGGAGGAAGGAGAAGAGAAUCCCUUCGAGAUAGACGAGAAGCCGAAAGAUCCGGACGAGGCCGGUCACGGAGAAGAGACCGGCCCAGAAGAUGCUGCCGCCCCAGGCGAGGGGGAUCGGGAACAAGGUGACGCGGAAGAAGAAAAGAACAGCGAAGACCAAAUGGAGGAAGGAGAGGAGGAGACCGUGCCAGGGACCGAUGACCAAGAGAAAAAUGACGCGGAAGAGCCAGGGGAGGAAGAGGAGGAGGAGGGGGAAGAGCCGCAGGCAUCCCAGGACCAUGAUGACGUUGAAGCUAAUGAAGAGGAGGGCGACGAGGGUGGAGUCCCCGCCGACCAGGGGCUGAAGCCCAAGGAUGAAGAGCAGGAAGAGGAGGAGGAAGGAGAGGACCUAGACAUGGAGGAAGCAACCCCCGAGGCUGCAGAGAGAAAAGAGCACGAGACGUGCGGACAGACGGGCGAGGAGAACCUGCAGAGCGAGAGUGCCGUGGAGCUGGCCGGAUCUGCGUCGGAGAAGGACCAAGCUAAGGAGGAGCACGGGAGCGGAGCGGCGGACGCCGGACAGUCGGAGGGCCACCAGUCGCAGCUCCUGGCCCGGCUGGCCUCCCGGAAGCGCAGCCGGAAAAACACGCAGAGCUUCAGGAGGAAGCCUGGGCAGGCAGACCACGAACGCGCCAUGGGAGACCAUAACGAGCGGGUGCACAAGCGUCUGAGGACAGUGGAGUCCAGCGGCGACACGGAGCGCGAGGCCCAGCCGCCCGGAGCCCACACGGAGGAAGCGGACGUGUUCGAGCACAUCAAGCAAGGCAGCGAAGCCUACGACGCCCAGACUUACGAUGUCGCAAACCAAGAGCAGCAGAAGCUUGCCAACCCCGCCAGCCAGGAGCAGGAGGAAGGAGACCCAGAAGAUGCUGCCAUAGACAUGGAAGACGAGCAGGAGGAGCUCAAGGCCGUGGACAUCCAGGAGUUGAAGUCAGAGGAAGUCACGUCGGGGGCCCCCAAAGCCCAAGGUUCCGAAGAGGCCACGGUGGAGAUGCAGCCCGCAGAGCCGGAGGACAGCCCGGACCCCAGAACGGAGCGGGAGCCCAAAGUGCUGGAGGGCGAGAAGCCGGAGAGAAGUAGAGACUCUACCAUCCACACAGCCUAUCAGUUCCUGUUGGAUGCCACCACCCAGCACAUUGUCCAAGACCCAGAAGAGCUUCGCCAGGAGCUGGAAAGACAGCUGGAAGCUUGGCAGGGCCAUCCGCCCGCCAACCCGGACGAGGAGAAGGCGGCAGUGGAGCUGUGGCAGCGGUACCUGGCCCUGACGGCGCCCCUGGCCCAGCAGCUCUGCGAGCAGCUCCGCCUCAUUCUCGAGCCCACCCAGGCCGCCAAACUCAAGGGCGACUAUCGAACCGGAAAGCGGCUGAACAUGCGGAAGGUCAUUCCCUACAUCGCCAGUCAGUUCCGCAAGGACAAAAUCUGGCUGCGCAGGACCAAGCCCAGCAAGCGGCAAUAUCAGAUCUGCCUGGCCAUCGACGACUCCUCCAGUAUGCUGGACAACCACACCAAGCAGCUUGCGUACGAGUCCUUGGCGGUGCUGGGCAGCGCGCUGACUCUGUUGGAAGUGGGCCAGAUUGCCGUGUGCAGCUUUGGGGAAACGGUCCAGCUGCUGCACCCGUUCCACGAGCAGUUCAGUGAGCAGUCAGGGGCCCGGAUACUCCAGCUCUGCCAGUUCCAGCAAAAGAAAACCAAGAUCGCUCAGUUUCUCGAGUCGUCGGCAAACAUGUUUCUAGCGGCCCAGCAGCUGUCUCAGAACACCAGCCCAGAAAUGGCCCAGCUGCUCCUGAUCGUCUCCGACGGGCGAGGCCUGUUCCUGGAGGGCAAAGAGCGGGUCACAGCGGCGGUGCAGGCCAUCCGAAACGCCAACGUCUUUGUCAUCUUCGUCGUGCUGGACAACCCCAACUCUCGGGAUUCCAUCCUGGACAUUAAAGUUCCCAUCUUCAAGGGCCCGAGGGAGCUUCCCGAAAUCCGGUCCUACAUGGAAGAGUUCCCCUUCCCCUUCUACGUGAUUCUGCGGGACGUGAACGCCCUCCCGGAGACUCUGAGCGAUGCCCUCAGACAAUGGUUUGAGCUGGUGGCGGCCUCGGACGGCCCUUAGGCCCCGGGGGCCCUCGGCUCCUGACUCCUGGCCCUGGGAGAGGUUAUUCUGUCGCCCCCUUUCCCGGCCUCCCUUUUAUUUAAUGAUGACCCAGGUCCGAUUCCCCUUUAAACCCCGGCCUUUCCAAAAGCAACCCCGGCGGCAGCGAGAUCAUCAAGGCGGCAGCUCGGCCUCAGCCCGAGCUCCGGGUGCCCCGCAUCCGGUCAUGCUGCCGCCGGGAUGCCCACCCCCCAGCCUCGGCUCAGGGCAAGGCUGGGGUCAAACGGGCUGGGAGGGGACGGCGGUCCGGGCCACGGCUCUGGGGAUCGUUUCUCCUAGGGAACUUGCCCGGGGGUCCCGGCAGCAAGGGGCCAAAUAGGUCUCAGCCGACCCACUGUGGGUCGGUUUGCGUGACGGCGCCCAUGGGCUCUAGCUGACGGGGACCGGUGGGCUCCUGGUGCGGUCGGGCACCGGUUUAUGGCAGUGCCCCCGGAAGCACCCGUCUUCAGGCCUCGGGGGAUCGAUUGUUUGUGCGCUCUGCCCGCUACGCCCUCCCCCUCUCUCCUUCCCUCCCUCCCUCCCUCCCGUCUGCUGGCACGGGGACCGAUCUCGACGGGGAGAGCCACAAGGCUCCGGCCUCCGUCCGUCUGUCGCCUCCGCCGUUUUUGGCCGCAGUUGGUUUCGGCCGAGAGUUUCCUAGGCCGGCUGGAGCGGGCCCUGGCGAGGGCCGGGGGGAGAUGCCCCUCGCGACCCCCGGCAGGGUCGGGCCGGAUCUGCUCGUCGAGUUUCACUGGUGGUCCUUGGGGCUCUGAGGAAAAGGGCUCGAAUACUUGAAAGUCUUGUUCAGUGGAUGAGAGCGUCUUCUGUUUAACGCGAGCAAAGACGGUCGCCGCGGUUGGGCCGCGAGGCGGCCACCGGACGCUGCAGAUGGGCCACGUUGCCCCCGUGGCUGGCGGAGCCGCAGUUUGUUUAUUGGCCAAAUGUCCGAAAGCAUGUACAUGACUUUUUUCAUUGCAGCUUUAUUCUAUGGACCUAAUAAAAAGAUGUUCUGGUGGUGUA